AUAGGGGGUAAUUAUUAACACUAUUUAGGGAUAUUUGCGGGCUUUAGACAUUAGGUUAAGGGGAAAGAAUGGAGCUGACCUCGAAUCAGUAGCUAACGUUGACAUUUAUAAGUUGGCAUAUUAUUUACGCAGACCAAUGAUCAAAAUGUAUCCGCAUGGCCGAAGCGGAAAGAAUGGCGAUAAUGUAAGCGGGCGACCCUAGUCGAUGGCGUGCUCAUUGCGUGCGAGGGCACCUUCACCACAUUGGUUCGGAUCAGGUUCGAUAAGUCCCCUAACGAUGUAACAAGCGGCCCAUGAUUACCGGUGGCUGUAAAUAAUUAAUAAUGGCAAAUCGCUUUUAAGAACCAACAAGUACAUUCAUUAUCGACAUUAUCGACAUCCUCGAGGUCGGGUUGUGUUUACCGUAUCGACGUGAUAGCUGCGAAUACACUUGCUGAAAUAAGUGGUCGUCAUAUAAAACUUGCUUAGUAUAACAUAACGUACCUCUUAACAAAGUUGACGGUGCAGCUAUGGCGGAAACGCAACCCAGACGGGCCCACGUCGGUAGGAACUCGUGGAAAACAGUCCGCACGCUCCUACGGAAAAUAAGGACGAAAUCGAUUUCAAAUGGAAAGGCACAGUCCAACUUGAUAGAAGGCGUACGGAAGGACUCCACUCCCACAACGACGACGGAUGAAUCUACCAACGUCUCGGUUGCUGAGUUUGCUGUUACGGGGACGCAGAAGGCCCUCGUCGUUGCUCGGAAGGGCGAAUACGAGAUCCGCCACGACUUCCCGAUGCCGACUGUCGGGGAAGAUGAGAUUAUGAUCCAAGGUCAUUAUGUCGGCCUGAACCCGAUUGACUGGAAAUCCGUCGAUUAUAAUUUUUGCUUGCCUGAAUUUCCAUGGGUUACUGGCCGUGAAAUGUCCGGAGUAGUGGCCCGGGUCGGUUCCGCCGUCACGAGUUUUAAACCGGGUGACUAUGUCUGGACCAGUACGUACUAUAAGGAUGUUCGUGCUGGUUGUUUCCAGGAGUACGUAGUCGUACCCUCGCACACAGUUCUUCCCAUCCCAUCUAGUGUGCCUAUUGAAGCUGCGGCGUGUCUUGGCGUCGCAGCCCUGACAGCAUCCAUGACAUUAUGGAAGUGGUUGAGCGUGCCGUUUCCUCAAGGGUCCAUAAACAGCAAUGGGGAGCAAUGGCUUCUGAUCUGGGGUGGUUCAACUGUUACAGGACAAUUUGCUACACAAAUCGCGCGACUCAGUGGGAUCAAAGUUAUAACUGUUAACUCGGCUGAGACAAAGUUAUUAUCAGAGCGUUUAGGUGCGAACCAUGUGGUGGUACGAGAUGGGAAGUCGGACGGAGAGGUUGUAGACGAAAUCCGAGGUAUUACUGACGACAACGUUACGCGGGCCAUCGACUUAGUAGGACCUAAAACUGCGAAAUUGUCGUUGGAUGCUGUAUCGAAAACGAAUCCUGUUGCAUUCGCACCACUGGCCAUGAUGUCGGGAUCUCAAGUAGUCCCCGGGAACGUCGAGGUACAUACUGUCGAAAUGAAGCAAUUUGUGCUCGAUAAAAGUAAUGUGCGCUACACCGAGGAACUUGGAAAGCUGUUGGACAAGGGCCAGAUAAUAUUACCCGAGCUACAUCUACUCGACGGGGGCUUACAUUCGAUCCAAGGUGGUUUAGAAAUGUUGAAGAAGGGAAACCUGAAAGGCAAGAAACUAGUGGUCCGGAUGUAAGAGAAAGGAGUAGGAAGUGCGACUUGAGUAAUGUAUUAGACUUGUGGGAUUAUAGACUAGCAUACAGAGGGCGUUGACGUAGUGUGGCUAUUUAAUCUUCCAGAAUUAGUAUAUGCGUCGAAGGUCAGACGCUGUAUAUUCAAAGAGGUUAGGUUAGAAUCUCGCUCUGUCGUCAGUUGAGGCGAUGAGAUUUAUUCCAAACUUACACGCACGGUAUCCUUAGUGUAUCAAGUAAAUACUGUAUUAUACUAGUGCUAGAUCGCUUGAAGCUAAAAAAAAGGGGGUUGGGGGGGGGUGGAGUUAAGAAUUUGACUGACCUGUGUGGACGGAAAUGAGUUAACUGUUAGAAUAAUAAUUAUGAAUAGGUAUCCUAUACUAUCAAUGUAGAGUUAUA